AUGAAUAUUGCAGAAGAACCAUCAGAUGAAGUAAUAUCUAGUGGCCCCGAGGAUACAGAUAUCUGCAGCCAGCAGACAUCAGCGAGCGCAGAAGCUGGAGACCAAUCAAUAAAAAUUGAAAGGAAAACUUCCACUGGUCUUCAACUGGAACAAUUGGCCAACACAAAUUUAUUAACCAUAAGAAUAAAAUGGCAGUUACAAGAAGAAGAAGAUGAUCACUGCAACUCUAGAAUAACCGAUCAAAUAAUGGACACAAUACAGCACUACAAAGGUAUCUCCGUUAACAACUCUGAUACAGAAACAUAUGAAUUUCUUCCGGAUACAAGGAGGUUACAGGUUCUCGAACAAAAUAAAGACAUCUAUCUUUACGAGCAUGGAAGUCAAGAGUAUGAGAAAUCUUACAAAGAUAACGAAGAGGAAGAUGAUUGGAGAUACGAUACCGUUUUGCAAGCACAAUUCAAGUACCCCAAGUCAUUAGAAAAUGCAUGUACAGAUAUCUCGGAAUUACUCAAGAGCGAACCUAUUGGUCAGCAUAUUGAUAAAUGGUCUAUCGGUGUGAACAAGCAUGCACUAACCUAUCCUGGAAAUAUUUUUGUCGGGGGAAUAGCAAAGAGCCUUUCUAUUGGUGAACUAAGUUUCUUAUUUUCAAAAUAUGGACCAAUUUUAUCAAUGAAAUUGAUAUAUGAUAAAACGAAAGGCGAACCUAACGGAUACGGGUUCAUCUCCUACCCCUUGGGUUCUCAAGCUUCACUUUGCAUCAAGGAACUUAAUGGAAGGACGGUAAAUGGCUCCACACUAUUUAUCAACUAUCACGUUGAGCGAAAGGAGAGAGAAAGAAUCCAUUGGGACCAUGUCAAAGAAAACAACAAUGAUGAUAAUUUCAGGUGUCUCUUUAUAGGCAACUUGCCUUAUCACAAUCCUGAAAAAGUAGAGACUUUGAUUACACCUAAAGAAGUCAUAGAAGUAAUCAAGAAGGAGUUAUCAAAAAAGUUUCCGGACUUUGAUAUCAUUUCAUAUUACUUUCCGAAGAGAAGUAAUACAAGAAGCAGUAGUUCAGUAAGUUUCAAUGAGGAGGGGUCAGUAGAAUCAAACAAAUCUUCCAAUAAUACUAAUGGAAAUGCCCAAGAUGAAGAUAUGUUGAAGGGUUAUGGUUUCAUCAAGCUUAUCAACCAUGAACAAGCACUAGCAGCCAUCGAGACCUUCAAUGGGUUCAUGUGGCAUGGAAACAGGCUCGUUGUUAAUAAGGCGGUUCAACAUAAAGUUUACAACAACCACAAUAGCCAUGACAGGCACCCUUCCAUCAGUAACCACAAUGAUAUGGAGGUUUUGGAAUUUGCAAAUAACCCAAUGUAUGAUUACAAUAAUUAUACAUAUGAUAGAUAUUACUUCAACAAUAAUAAAAACGGGAACAGCAACGAUACCUCCAAUGUACGGUAUUUUGAUUCUGUAAGAUCAACCCCUGUGGCAGAGAAAAUGGAUCUGUUCUAUCCUCAAAGGGAAUCUUUCAGUGAAGGUCGUGGUCAACGUGUGCCUAGAUUCAUGGGCAACAAGUUUGACAUGUACCAGUACCCAUCAACUUCUUACAGCUUACCUAUACCAAUGAGUAAUCAGCAAGAAUCAAACCUAUAUGUCAAGCACAUCCCUCUUUCUUGGACAGAUGAAGAUUUAUAUGAUUUCUACAAAUCUUUCGGUGAAAUAAUCAGCGUUAAGGUCAUUACUGUUGGGGGUAGUAAGAACAAGUAUCGUCAACAAUCGAAUGAUAGCUCAUCAGAUAAUGAUCUGCCAGUGGGAUCAUCAAGAGGUUAUGGUUUUGUUUCUUUUGAAAGCCCAUUAGAUGCUGCUAAGGCAAUUUUGAAUACAGACGGGUAUCAAGUGAGCAAAGAUCAAGUGUUAUCUGUUUCUUUCGCUCAGAAACGUGGUAAUUUAUCUUCAAGUGAUGAUGAUGAUCAAUCCCAAACUGAUAACUCAUCAAAGUUCCAAAAUUUUCAGCCACAUAAUGAUUAUCAUAAGGCUUAUCCAACAAAGUAUAAUAAGAAAUUUAUCAAUGCCUUGAUGACUCAGAACCAAUCGCAACAGCAAGUCUCGAGGGAAAAUUAUUUCAUACCACUGCAGUACCCUAAUACCAACACAAAGCCCGUGAACAGUUACAACUUAAUAAGUGCAAACCAAAAUAACGCUAACUGGAUGAUGCCAAUGUUCCCAUCAUUUGGGUUUAUUCCACAGGUGCCGCCAGUGCCCUAUAUAAUACCUCCGCAGAAUCCUGCAGCAAAUCAUAUUCCUAUAAUGGCAAACGGUAGUAAUGAAGAGGAAGAAUUUUCUAGUGGUGAUUAUUCUAUGGACUACUAG